AUGGGUCGGAGAAAGAUUGAGAUCAAGGCCAUCAAAGAUGACCGUAACCGCUCAGUCACGUUUUUGAAGCGAAAGGGUGGUUUGUUCAAGAAGGCGCAUGAACUCGCUGUUCUAUGCUCCGUGGACGUAGCGGUCAUCAUCUUCGGCCAGAACAAGAAACUGUACGAGUACUCAUCAUGCGAUAUGCAUGAUGCUCUCGGGCGCUAUCAAUAUUUUGGUCCUCCCCACGAGCACAAAGGACCUGAAGAUUUUGCCGGCAAACGAGACGAUGAUGAAGACGAUGAUGAGAUGUCACCAGGUCCCGAUGAAAUCCAAGCAGUCCAGCAAACCCAGAGUCAUCCCGCUAUUCCCGCCCACCUUCAAAAUACACCCGCAUUUCAGCAUAUAAACCAUGCACCUUCCGCGUCUCCUCCCAUCCAUCAUGGAAUGACCCUCACGCGACAUGGCACCCCACAACCCCAAGUCACAUCGCGUCCCUCUUCAAGAAAUCACAUCCGCCGAGUCAGCUCCAACCUAGGUCCUCAGCAACAUGGUACACCUCCGCCGCCGCCACCCCCUGGUUCUCAAAAUGGGAACUUUGGGUACAUGCCCAACCCGUCUAUGUACAACCCGAAUGUCCACGCAAUGAAUCAGCAGCCUCAACCCGGUCAGUUCGCACACUAUGGACACCAACCAAGGCCACACCAAGGAACGCCUCCAAUGCACACACACGCUCUACCCCAACAGAUGCCAUCUCAGCACCAAGCCCAGCAACAUUUCCAACAGCAUGGCCAUCCCGUAGGAAUGCCUUCUCAAGUGCAACAGGUAUAUAUGCAGGAGCAUGGCAGAGGGUCUCUUCCACCAGGAUUUGCGCCCGAUGGCCACCAAGACCGACCCGUUUCUGAGCAUACUCAAGAGGAGCCUUCCGGCUUGAAACCGGAGCAUAGCCAAUCCCCGCCUCAGAUAAAAUCUCUUUCUAAAUCACGCAGCAUUUUCACGCCUAUUGAUGAUCGAGGAUCCGUGCUUGCCCGCCACUUUGGCGCGGGGGCGCCUACGUAUGAGCCUCCACGGAACACCCAUUCCCUCAAAGUCGAACCACUGCCGCAAGGUUUCUCUAAUUCAAGAUCAAUUCCUGUCAGAGCUGCCACGGAGGCUCCCCGCUCGGGGUCGGAAUCUAAACCGUCUCGAACCAGCAGUGGGCCAUUACCAUCAAAACGACCGCAAUUGAAGGUGCAGAUUCCCAGUGAACACUCCGAUGGCGGCGGAAGCGCCACUGCCGAGUCAUCGCGUGACUCUUCUGGCAACAAAUCCUCCACGCCUGCGAAAACAAGUGCUGAAAAUGGGGGUUCGGGCGUGGUCUUACCCCCUCCAUCACCCUCAGCGGGUGCAAUAUUGAGCGCGGGAGCCCAGGGACCGCCAAAUCCCUUCGCGCGACCACCGCCCCCUGUUCCCACAACGCGAAACGACUCUUACGGCAGCAACAGCGGCAAUCCUGGCAAUGUGAACAACUCAAAUAACAUUGAAACACCUAUAUCAGCCCUGCCAAGCCGUUUUGUAUCCGAUGCCCUCCUCCCAUCACCUUCCAGCUUUUUCCCGGAAUGGGGCUUUGGUCGCUCAGGCCCAGACUCCAACAUGCUGCCCAGUCCUCUCACUUUCCCGACGCCGGCAGUGCAAAGCGGUCCCAGCUUUUCUCGAGAGGACGAACAAGACAAGAAAAGAAAGAGUCCUGAAGGGGGAUCUGGAGGGGAAAGUGCGAACAAAAAGCCAAAAAUUUGA